AUGCGAUUCACCUUUCGUCUGGCUUUUCGAAGAUCUUUCUCGUCCUCUUACGACUGUGAUCCAUAUAUCAUAAGCAGUGGUAGCCUUCUUGGUUCUGGAGAUUCAUGGAGAGCAGCGUGUGUUAACUAUCCUAGCUACAGUUCACAGUGUAAUUCAGUUACCAUAGGAAGCACUGGUUUUCGCUGUACAGACUACAGUACCAGCGAGGAUUGGUCAAUGGGUGAAAACAACUUUACGCACACCUUCUCAUCGAUCCAUGACGAAUGGAUUGUAAGGCAAGUUUUUGCACUUUUAGAACCAAUAAAUCCAAUAAAAUGA